AUGUCCGAAGAAGAGCGAUUGAUUGCUGAGUUAGGCAAACCAAAAUUGGGUGAUAAACAUACUAUACGUGUCCGUAUCCGCGAAAGCAAAGAAUUCAAAAAUGCUGUUGAUAAAGCGUUAUAUAAAGCGAAUACGGCUAUUGUGGUUGGAACAUCGAGUUGGAUCGAGCAAUUCAAACAAGCGUUCAAUCCUAAAGAAGACGAUGAUGACGACGAUGAUGAGGACACCGGCAAUUCGAAAAGUGAUAAAGAAGAGCCUCCAACGUGCAAAGAUUAUAUAAUACAUUUCAUAACCUUUUUCUGGAAGUUUUUAUUCGCUUUUGUUCCGCCAACUAGUAUUGCCGGUGGUUGGGUUUGUUUUUGUGUAUCAAUUUUGAUUAUCGGAGGGUUAACUGCUAUUAUUGGUGAUUUAGCCGCACAUUUUGGAUGUACGGUUGGACUGACAGAUACAAUGACAGCUAUUGCUUUUGUUGCAUUAGGAACAUCGUUACCAGAUACGUUUGCAUCAAAAGUCGCUGCUGAACAUGAUAAAUAUGCUGAUAGUUCGGUAGGAAAUGUCAAUGGUUCGAAUGCGGUCAAUGUUUUCUUGGGUAUUGGUUUACCAUGGGCUAUGUCAGCAUGGUAUCAUUAUUUUAAACAGACGAGAUUCGAAGUGAAAGAGGGCUCAUUAGCAUUCAGUGUGACUUUGUUUUGUUCGUUUGCGGUCAUUGCUGUCAUUAUUCUAAUGCUAAGACGUUUGAAAGUUUUCGGCGGUGGGGAAUUAGGCGGCCCAUUGAAAUUUCGACUUAUUUCUAGUUCUUUAUUCAUAUUACUCUGGAUUGUUUAUCUGGUAUUGAGUGGCCUUGAAAACUAUUGUCAUAUUAAUGUUUAA